AUGAGCUUGUCUCAACUGGUGGGGCCCUGUGGCUCUUGCUGGGCUUUCAGCAUGACUGGUGCCAUUGAAGGACAAUGGGCAAAGCAAGGAUCCUGCAAGUUUCAGAAAAGUAAUAUUGUUGCCAAAGUCGCCAGAUACAGAAACAUACAAAGAGGAGAACGUUGUUUAGCGAGGGCUUCGAGAAGAAUUGGACCAAUCGCUGUUUCGCUUAAUGCUCGUCCAAAGACCUUCCACUUCUAUAAACAAGGAGUUUACGCUGAUCCAAGUUGCACCCAACGCCGCGGCCAUGCAGUGCUCUUGGUUGGAUAUGGAAGGGAGCGUAGAAUGAACUAUUGGCUGGUUAAGAACAGUUGGGGGACAGAAUGGGGUGGAGAAGGUUACAUCAAAAUCGCUAAGGAUAAGGGAAAUCUGUGUGGAAUUGCCAACUAUGCAGUCUAUCCAACAGUGAAAAGGAGAAUGUGUAAAAUCGCAGUUUCUUCUGACUCAGCCAGAAAGAAAGAGGGAACCAUUUCUGCUGAUGUUGACUCAUUCAAUGCCAUUACUUUCGCUGCCUGCUGCAAUUUGAAAAGUGGGAUAAUAUCAGCUUCUGCACAUUUCUAUAGCUUCACAUAAAAGGUUAAUAUCAUUCUGUGUUUGAUGCAUGUAACCACAGUAAUAUCUGAGUGACUACAUUCUCCAGCUUGUGGAGAGACAAUAUCCUGCAUGUACAGCUGCUGCUGAGCGAUAUAUUAAAUACUGCCAGCAAUCA